UAGACCGAUGGAGAAAACAUUCAAUAAGGAAUGAGAAACAUCAGAUUUCUAUGCUUUCUCUGUCUCAAUUUUCUUUCCAAUUUCUCUUUAGUUUAUAACACGUUAUCAGCACAAAUUCGCUCUCAAAUAUAUCAGCUGAAUUCACUGAUGAUGAACCUCUGUAAACUCCUAUCCUCAAAGAAACACAUUUCGCUCAGAAUCCCAACAAAAGCUCAGCUCCGGGUCGAGCUUCUCUGCUGUUCUUGCUGGUUCUGAUUUACACCUUGUGAGUAUUAGAGGUCGAGCAGAGCCUCCAAAGUCCUCGUCUUUAUCUUCGAUACUUGCAGAUUUGGCCAUUCGUUCUCUGAUUGAACUCUCCAAUUCCAUGAAAAAAAUUUCAAUUUUUCUUCACUUUCUGAGUCUAAUUUCGCUUCUUGAUCCGAAAUGGACUCUCUUUCUGAUAUGGGUCUCUCGUUCUCGGUGCAAUUUCCUCCGUUUUGGGUCUCUGUGCUCUGUUCUUCCUCUGUUUCUUCAGCUCUUAUUGGUGAGCCCCAAAAUCUACUGGCCAAAGAUGAAGACCUGUACAGCGCAGAUCUGCAUCGAGUUAAUAGCAAAGCGUUCCUUGGUGGUGAAACAUCCGAUAUGAUUGGUAGAAAGUGGACCAUGGCCUUGGCUGCUGUUGUCUUUCAAGCUGGCGCAGGUGUAAUGGUAUUUGCUCCUUCAUUUGAAAUACUGAUGAUUGGAAGACUCCUGGCCGGCAUUGGAAUUGGCUUCGGUGUCAUGAUUGCCCCUGUUUACAUUGCUGAGAUAUCACCCACCAUUGCCAAAGGCUCACUGACCUCCUUCCCUGAAAUUUUUAUAAAUCUUGGAAUUUUACUAGGCUACGUUUCAAACUAUGCAUUUUCUGGUCUUCCAGCACAUAUAAACUGGAGGAUAAUGCUUGGAGUAGGAAUUCUGCCUUCAGUGUUCAUUGGUUUUGCACUUUUCAUAAUCCCCGAGUCACCAAGGUGGUUAAAGGAGGCAAGCAGUUGCAUUUCAGAGCUAUUGUGGUGAUCGGUGAGGCUGAAGAAGACGACCACUUUGGCCUCCUCUGGUACUGAUGAUGAUGAUGAUCAGUGUUCAUCCCAAAACAACAACAAUAAUAGCAUGGACUUGCAACUUGCAAGUGGGCCGUGAGUUUGCUUUCCAAAAUGACAAGUGCAAACAAAAAUUGGCUGGCCUGUCUGUCGGAUAAACAAAAAUUAUUUUACUGAUUGACAGCCACCCACUUGGUCUCUUGGUUUUGGAAUCUUAACGUGCACUUCGGUCGGGGUAAAUAUGACUUCUACUUUAUAAAAUGAUUUAAUAUAAUAUCAUACUAUUUGAUUGUGGUGUUGAUAUGAACCCAUAAAUAAUUGUCUUUACUUUAUCAA